UUAACCUCCCUAGCAGUAUUCCCGAGUGUAGCUCGGGGUAAAGUUUCUGUACCAAAAGCGGUAACCCUGAGCUACACUCGGGCUCACCAUGUGGCGCUGCAGAGCUUACCUUGUCCUACGCUCUCGCGAUGUGUCCCCUGCAGUGUCCCCGGCCAUCUCCUCCGGCUGAUGCCGGCAUCUGGCUUCUGUGUUCCGGUCCCUGCGAGUGGCGGGACGUACGGGGGACGGAACCGGCGGGAAAUUCAAAAAUGUAAAAAUGUGACAUUCACUAAAUACACUAAAAUCUGAUAGUAUAACAUUACUGUAUCAAACCAUUUCACAUACAU